UUUAUCCAUGCAUUGUAAAUACGUAUAUUAUAUCGUCAGUCACAUAUAUUAGAUAGCUGCCAGACUUUGGUGGUUGUCCCUGCGUCAGCUGACAGUCUUGUGAUUGUAACUGGUGUCGGCCGCGACUGGGAGGAUUCUAUUUUCUCUAGGUUUCAGCCCUUCAAACCUCCAAAAUGCUCCCCAAAAUCCGUGAUGAGGACAAGGAGUCCAGAUUCGGCUAUGUUUAUGCUGUUUCUGGUCCUGUUGUUACGGCUGAGCGGAUGUCUGGCUCAGCUAUGUACGAGUUGGUUCGUGUGGGUUACCAUGAACUUGUCGGCGAAAUCAUUCGUUUGGAGGGUGAUAUGGCAACCAUUCAAGUUUAUGAAGAAACAUCUGGUGUGACUGUGGGUGAUCCUGUGUUGCGCACAGGUAAGCCCCUCUCUGUAGAGCUUGGGCCAGGUAUACUUGGGAGUAUCUUUGACGGUAUCCAACGUCCACUUAAGGACAUCAGUGAACUGGCUGGUAGCAUUUACAUUCCCAAGGGUGUGAAUGUGCCAGCUCUCAGCCGUGCUGCGUCAUGGGAAUUUAAUCCACUAUCAAUCAAGAUUGGUAGUCAUAUGACUGGUGGUGAUUUGUAUGGUGUUGUUCAUGAAAACACUUUGGUAAAGCACAAAAUCAUCCUUCCUCCCAAAGCCAAGGGUACAGUCACUUACAUUGCAGAACCUGGCAAUUACACUGUUGAUGAUGUUAUCUUGGAAACCGAGUUUGAUGGGGAAAAGUCAAAGUUUACCAUGCUUCAAGUCUGGCCUGUGCGUCAACCCCGUCCAGUCACAGAGAAACUUCCUGCUAACUACCCACUGCUGACUGGUCAAAGAGUGUUGGAUUCACUCUUUCCAUGUGUCCAGGGAGGAACUACUGCUAUUCCUGGUGCUUUUGGUUGUGGUAAAACUGUUAUCUCUCAAGCUCUCUCCAAGUACUCAAACUCUGAUGUCAUUGUCUAUGUUGGUUGUGGAGAGCGUGGUAAUGAGAUGUCUGAAGUAUUGCGUGACUUCCCCGAAUUGUCAGUUGAAAUUGAUGGUCAGACAGAGUCUAUCAUGAAGCGUACUGCACUUGUUGCCAAUACAUCCAACAUGCCUGUCGCUGCCCGUGAGGCAUCCAUUUACACAGGUAUUACCUUAUCUGAAUAUUUCCGUGACAUGGGAUACAAUGUUUCCAUGAUGGCUGACUCAACAUCUCGAUGGGCUGAGGCUCUUCGAGAAAUUUCUGGUCGUUUGGCUGAAAUGCCUGCCGACAGUGGUUAUCCAGCGUAUCUUGGAGCUAGGCUUGCUUCAUUUUACGAGCGUGCUGGACGAGUUAAAUGUUUGGGUAAUCCUGACAGAGAGGGAUCUGUCAGUAUUGUGGGUGCUGUAUCUCCACCUGGUGGUGACUUUUCUGAUCCUGUCACUUCAGCCACCUUGGGUAUUGUCCAAGUGUUCUGGGGUCUUGAUAAGAAAUUGGCCCAACGCAAGCACUUCCCGUCAAUCAAUUGGUUGAUCUCUUACAGCAAAUACAUGCGUGCGCUGGAUGACUUUUAUGACAAAAACUUUCCCGAGUUUGUUCCUCUCCGGACUAAAGUAAAGGAAAUUCUGCAAGAGGAGGAAGAUCUAUCAGAAAUUGUGCAGCUAGUUGGUAAAGCCUCUUUAGCUGAGGCAGACAAAAUCACACUUGAAGUUGCCAAGCUCCUUAAAGAUGACUUCCUCCAACAGAACAGCUACUCAGCAUAUGACAGGUUCUGUCCGUUUUACAAGACAUCUGGUAUGCUCAAAAAUAUGAUAGCAUUUUAUGAUAUGUCACGCCAUGCAGUUGAGUCCACUGCCCAAAGUGAGAACAAAAUUACCUGGAAUGUUAUCCGUGACUCUAUGGGUCAAAUAAUGUAUCAGCUUUCCUCAAUGAAAUUCAAGGAUCCUCAUAAGGAUGGAGAAGCAAAGAUCAAGGCAGACUUUGAGCAGCUGCAUGAAGACCUUCAGCAAGCUUUCAGAAAUCUGGAAGAUUAAAUCACCCUCAGGCUUGAUGGCUCGCCUAAUGAUCAAGUGAUAUCAUAUUGAAAUGUUUAUUUUUGUGUCCAACUGUUCCAGCCCUUCAUAUAGAAGCUUUCUUAGUGUCAAUGUGCUCUGCCCCAGUGUUCUAGGUGUCUAAGAUUUAUUUUGGCAAUGAAAUGCAUUCUACAGACUUAUUUUCUUCUUGUACUCAGUCUUAUCACUUCAUUGUGUUGUACCUGUUUUUGUUUUUGUUUUUUUAAUUUGAUUGUGUGCAUUUCCCUGUAGUGAACAUUUUAUCUUGCUUUUACCAUGUUGCAUUUAUUUACUUUUCAACUUUGAGAAUACUUUGUGACUGGAAUUCAAGAAGUCUGUAGAAUGCAGGACACAUGUCGUGAUAUUAAAAAUCAAUACCAGCAUUCCAAUUCUGUUAUGUAUAGUCUUCUUUUUCUUGGGCAGAAAUCUGGAAUAUUUUGUAUGCACAACAAGAAAUGUGAAACAGAAGGUAUGUUUGUGGCACAAUUUUAAAUUUGAUAUGGAGCUCAUGUAGUCCCAAAUCACCAAUGUGUAUGGCAGGCAUGAUCUUGUAACAUUGUACUUAUAACCCUAAACACUUUCAUAAAGACUCCGAUAUCCUUUACAUCACAGUAUUAUCAAGAUUUGGCUUGCCAUGAGGAGUGCUCUUUAAAAUUAUGUGGAGGAUUCAUCAUCAAUCAUUGGUUUUUCAAAUUUUCUUUGUUUUAUUUUCCCAUUUUUUUUUAGUAUUCUCUUUUGCUUGCCAUGAGUCAAUCCCCUGCUGGAAAUGUGUGCCAUUUCUCCCAUCAGGUUGUUUGACUUGGUUCAGCAGUGUUUUUAUCACGUAGAUGCUUUGUACGUACUUACCAUUUUGCUUUCAUAUCUUGCAUAUAUAUAUAUUGAGCUACAUAUAAAGACAGGUCCCCGUUUUUUAGAAGAAAAAGAAGGUAAAGAUAUUUUUAAUUUACAUUGUUUCUGUGAGGUAUGGUUUAAGAUCCAUCCUUCAUCAAAUAUUUACUUCUAGGAUUGCAAUAAAAGGAUUGGGAUUUCAUUGUUUUAUGAAAGACUUUAUUAAUCAGUACAAUAAUGAAGUUCAGAUUUAGAAAAUGUUCAUUUGUGUAGAGUUUUAUUGAUAGAAAACAUAAAAUAUAUCUCAUAUAUUUGAAAUUUUUGUUUUGGGUUGAGAAUGGCUUUUCAGGCUUAUUUCUUCCUUGAUGACAUUUUAUCUAGAUUAAUUCUGUCCAUUGUUGUGGAGCUGUUAUGUUGAUUCAUUAUAAUAAUGUUGUGUAAGAUAUUCAAUGUGUCAUGUCUCAUUCAUGUGGGAGGUGCAAUGUAAAUUCAGUAAUAAAUAUUAUCUUGUAUAGAAGUGUACAGUAACUUUGUUGGUGCUGCAUUGGCAUUCAUUAGCUUUGAAUCAUCUUCCACUAUAUUAUGGAUAUGUUGUAAGAAGUUGGAAAAGGUAGAAUCUAAGGGGCUCAAUCGGAUCUUUGUUGGCUAUAAUGUAUCAGUAACAUUCCUUUCCCUUGUGGGUUGUUGUAAAUUUAAAAUGUGUUCAUUAAAUCAGAAAUCAUUUCUCUGUUAAAAUAAACUGUUUGAAAUAAAUUGGUCUGUUGGACCCUUAGAUUUA